AGUCUUAGGCCUCACACUCAUUUACCAAAACAUCAUCAAAAUCAUCCAAAUUGGUGAUGAAAGGCGGCGACCAAUGAUCCAGUCAAAUUACUACAACUAUCACGUUUUGUCCUGCCCGGUCAGAUCUGUGUCAGGUGGUGGAGCACAUAGGAGCUUCCGGGAGUGACCUUCAAAGCAAAAGCUCAGCCCACAAUUGAGAAAUUACACUGAAGUAUUCUCUAUAAUAGCAAUGUUAAGAAAGUAUUGUAUUACUGUAAAUGUAAAACUACAUAGAAAAUUCCAAAUAAGAAAACACUUUAAGACACAUUUUAGUUGUUUAAAGACUCAUAUCAUCAACACAUAAUAAUCAAAUUACUGUUGGGUUUUUUUUCAGUUGUUACAUAGCAUGUGGUAGAUAAUGCAGGUGGAUGGUAUUCUUUCAGAAAUGCCCUCUCAGUUAUUUUCUAUUCAACUGGGGUUAUGCAAGAGAUUUUUUUUAGAUGGAUACCUUUACUGCAUAAAAGAAUAUCCGAUUAAAAACUUCAGGUGAAAUUAUAUGUGUCUUAAUGACUUUGGGAGUACAGAUGUUGAUGCCAUAAACCUGUUCAUAGCAGUGGCUUUGAAAAAAAAUUAGAUAUUGAGACACAUGUUGAAAUGAAUGUGCAACAUGUGGAAAUAAAUGAAAAAUACUGACGUUAUGUGAAUAAUUUCAGCAUAUGUGUACAAAUUAAACUGCAGCCAGCUGUAACUUUGCCUUGGCUGCCCUGGUUGUUCUGAUAAAAGGGAAAGUUGAACUUCCGGUGUGUCCGGCCUGCGUGUUGUGGACUUGACGCAUCUGUCGGUCCCGAGGGGUGUGUUCAAAGAUUUAAAUCCCUCGGACAUGCGUACAUACUGAUCCGUGCUGCUGGGUGCGCCAUAUUGGCUGGCUUACAUGGGGAGUGGAGUUGGGCAAACCGCUUGAAAAAACCGAACCAGUUUCCAGACAUGAAGCGCUUCGAGGAUACCAAGUGAACCAACGCGGUAGCAUUUCUCUGUUCCCUUGAGUGCAACGUUGUUUUAUUUGCCGAGCCCGCUCGCCAUUUUCCUCCCUCCCCCCCCUCGCUGAAGAGGCUCUCGGUGAACUCGACUCCCAAUGGAUCCCAGGACCGCUUGGAUCCAGCCGGAGCAGAAGGGACCUGCCAAUUCCCUGUGGAUGCACAUUUGGGAAACCUCUCAGGGAUUCGGAACGAACUCCGGCCUUGACAACCACCUCCACCACCAGCGCAACUUCGCGGCGCUGAACGCGAACUCCACGGACUCGCACGGCGAGUACUGCAAAACUGUAGCGCCGCCGCCGCCGCCGCCGGGGGGUGUGUUUGGAAAACUGGCCGUGCGAGACGGCGGCGGAGCAGCGAGGGGAAGUGUCCGGAGGAAGGGCUCGCUGUCGCCGUCCUCCUCCUCGCUGGACUCGGAGGCCGAGAGCUCGUCGCCCUCCGGCUCCUCGCUGCAAAUCGACAAUUUGAACGUCGCGGAGGAGGCCAGCCGGUUCUUGCACUACGGCGAGCACGAGUUGAACGAGAACAACCUCCGGCGGCAGCAUCCACCUCCGCCUCUCCACACUGUUCAGCAACACUGUCGCAGCAUGCAACAAUCCUUCGGCCACACCCCCACCGGGAUGAAAAAUCAGCAUGGGAGUAAGCACCACCACCACCUCCAGCACCAACACCAUCAGUCAAACUCAUCCGGCCGCAGGAGGCAUCUGAACAGGGCCAACACUUUCCACGGCCUCAACCCGCUGCUGUCCUACGGCUGCAAUGGACACUAUGUAGACUCUCCCUGUAGCCUGUGGAAAACCAGGCGGUACAGCCCGGGCAUUAAUGGUCUUCACGAAGAAAUCAUGGACUUUUUCAACUUCAUGUCACCGCGACCGGAGGAGGAGGCCAUGAGGAGAGAUGUGGUGAACAGGAUAGAAAGUGUCAUCAAGGACUUGUGGCCCACAGCACGGGUGGAGAUAUUCGGCAGCUUCAGCACAGGACUUUAUCUCCCAACAAGUGACAUUGACCUGGUGGUGUUUGGAGAGUGGGACCAUCCCCCACUGCAGGAACUGGAACAAGCCCUGAAGAAACACAAUGUGGCAGGCUCAUAUCCCAUCAAGGUCCUCGACAAAGCCACAGUGCCAAUCAUCAAGCUUACCGACCAUGAAACUGAGGUGAAAGUGGACAUCAGCUUUAAUGUAGAAACUGCUGUUAAAGCAGCACAGUUCAUCAAAAGCUAUCUUAAGAAGUACACUGUCCUCCCACCCCUGAUCUUUGUCCUGAAGCAGUUCCUACUGCAGAGGGAUCUGAAUGAAGUCUUCACUGGAGGAAUCAGCUCGUAUAGCCUCAUACUAAUGGCCAUCAGCUUUCUGCAGUUACACCCUCGGAUUGACACGCGGCGUACGAACAUCAACCUGGGCUUCCUGCUGAUAGAGUUCUUUGAGUUGUAUGGCCGUGAUUUCAACUACAUGAAGACCGGCAUCAGGGUGAAGAACGGAGGGGCGUACCUGUCCAAGGAGGAAAUGCUCAAGGCCAUGGGGAGUGGAAACAGGCCAUCCAUGCUCUGCAUAGAAGAUCCAAUACAACCAGGGAACGACGUGGGCAGGAGUUCAUAUGGCAUUUUGCAAGUCAAGCAGGUGUUUGACUUUGCUUACAUGGUGCUGAGUCAUGGCGUGUCUCCUCUUGCACGUGCUUACCCCAACAAAGAGUAUGACAGCACUUUAGGGCGCAUCAUUAAAGUCAGCCCGGAGGUGUUGGCCUACAGGGACUGGACGAUCAAGAAGUGGGGGGCCAAGCAGUAUGCCAAGCUGGAGAAUCAGGAUGUGGAGACCUGCGAGCAGGACUUUGGCAAGCUGAUGCUGGUUUCUGUGGAGGAUCAGAGAGACUCUUCCUCCCCUCUCAGUGCUGACUCUCCCUCACCAUCGCCAGUCUUCCUUCCCAGUCCUCAACACCAUUCGUCAUCAUCAUCUGCAUGCUCGCUCUCCUCAUCUGGAAGUGACAUAGAGUCUGAUUCUCCACCAUGCAGUAACACUGCUAUCCAACUCCACCCUCUCACCCUGGCAUCAGUCCACUCGGUUAUCCAGAUGGCUACUGAGCUGAGGGCAGCACAUCCAGCGGGCUUUAUUCACACCACGCCUCAGAUCCAGAUGUCCUUCCCAGAAAACCUAACCAUCCCCUCUCUCUCUAAUUGCCAGUUCUACCACGAGAAUCCACCUUCAAUAAGUGUUGUGCACCGUCAUAUGGCACAAGCUGCACAAGUCUCCCAGCACACCAGCUCCACAAGCCCUCUCCCCAGCCCCCUACACCAGCUCCACCACCCACAGAUAGGAGCGCAGCAGAGCCACGCCUACACCAUGAGAUCCAACUCCCACGGCUCACUAGAGCCACACAAAGGUGGCUUCAAGCACAACCAAGGUGGCGGCCUCAGAGGUCAAAACCACUCGCAAGGUAACUUCAGUCCCCAGCGGCGGUUCAUUCCCCAGGCUCACAACACGGCACCAGGUUUCAGGAACCAGCAGCAGUACAACCGUAACACCUGGCGGCGCAGAAAGAGGGAAAAUCUUCCUGCUCUUAACCAGAGCAGAUGAAAGACUGGAGCUGCAUAAAUCGACCUAACUGGCAUUGGUUUUUUUUUUGGUUUUUUUUUAAGGCCUCACUUAGACUAUCAUGAGUGGUGGUGGUGAGAAGCUGUGAAUGAUUCAUGAUACACCUGUUUUUUUUUGUUUUGUUUUUUUUGUUGGAGGCUCUCAAAAAUGCACCUGCUUCAUCCUGGAAUUCACAAGUCAAUUGAAGUAGUCUCCCAAGGUGUCAAAUGAUCGAUCCCUUGCAUUGUGCAAACACUCAGUGAUGGUGAAAGAAGUAUGUAGAAGACCUACAGCUGUAUCUGUUCUCCUUCUGUUACAUCGGCCUGAUGCUAGAUACAAGCCCUUCCUCUGAAAUUGAUGCACACCAGCACAGACUGGGAGUCGACUGAAGAAUUACUGAUUCCCAGACUGGGCCUUCUCACCUGUGUCACUCUCUAGCUGCUAAAAACUCUAAACAAUCUGGCUGGUUGGGUGAAGUGUUCAGUCGAGUAUUGCGUUUUCAUGCAACUUGAACAUCUACGAAAGCAACAUCAUGUGCCAUAGUAUUGAACUGGUUUGUCAAACCUGGUCUGUCUUGAAGUUUUGACUCUUACUGGGCCUUUUGAUCAAGUUUUGGACUCAAUUGGUCAUCUGAAUGCAAAUCCCUAUUGGCAAUGCUCUUGAUUCAGAGCUCUUACAGCUUGGACUAUCAUCUACAAAUUGUACUCUGGACUGAAGCAAAGCACUACCUUUCUACCUAUGCAGCGCAACGCUGACUUGAUGUUUUUGGUGUGACGGCACAAAACGGACCUUGUCUCAAGUGCUUAAACUGUGAUGACUUGUUUGAAUGUACCAAGUGUUGUCCUUUUUUCUGUGUUGGUCAUUCUCUUUUGUUCUCUUGUUUUUGUCACAGAGGGAUUUUUUUUUGUUCACAUUGGCACUAUUCUGUUUUUUGUAAACAUUACCACCUUAUUUUUAUGUUUGUUGCGUAUGUGCAAUAAUGACUUGCUUUUAUUUAAUUUAUUUCACAUUUUAGUUUUUAAGGCGCUCUCCCCACUGUACAUUUGCAUUUUUAUUUCUAGACUACAUUGAUCCGUGCAAUAGAUUGAUUUAAGGGCCUUGAAGGAAUGUGUUUGUGUGUAUGUACUGCUUCCCAGCAGAAGGGGGAGCUAUGGUAUUGCAACAUGAGAAAUGUGCCAAAAAUCCCAUGAUGCCAACAUUUUUACUCAUCUUUAAUUUACCAUUGCAUUAUGAUCACUUGAAAAUUUUGCAAACUGCCUGUCCAAAUGUUUCCCACCACUUGUUUUAUUUUAAACAUAUCACUAUUCAGUAGUUUGACUUUUAUUUUGGUGUGUUUCCUCUUGAUGGACUGCAGGCUGUAUUGGGGAAAUGCACCAUGACAAUGUUCCUCCAUUUCAAAAAAAGUUGGUGCUAUUUAUUACCAGCAAAAUGCUUGUGUUUUGCCUUAUAUCUCCUUUGAUUCUGUUAAAGCAACAGUUUAACUGCCUUCUUAAAUGACCAAAUUUGCCCUUUUCCCUAUAUGUAGCCAGCUUUCUGUAUUAGCUAUUGGUUUCUAUAAGCACUGCCAGGUAUACUUGGCUUUUAUUUGUACAUGCAGCCUGUAGGUGUUUGCUCCAGGAGUAGAGUCCUACUGCAGUUGAUGAUUGUUAGCAUUAGCAUCAUUUCACAGCUUUUCUUUUUUUUCUUUUUUCUUUUUUUUUUUCAUUUCAAACCGGUUGUAUAUGAGAUUGACCUCUUCAUAUUUAAAGUCGAUAUUUCUAAGACAAGGUUUCAAAGCUACAUAUUUACACAACAGUCCAUGAAAGGACUUGAGCUCGGGAUGUCACAGAUUCCCCAUUACAGGAGUUUGGGUAGAGCCAUUAACCAAACCAAAAUGUUGUGAAGUCCUACGUUUCAAAAGUCUGUGAUUAUCGGGCCACCCUGCAUACUCAACUGAUCAUCAGUUACUGAGUGUGGUGUGUCGGCAUUAUCCCCCUGUUGUCACUACGGCUUUUAUUAGGCCAGCUAGAGGAUAAUUGAUGGGUUGUCAGCUGAUAUUGCCACGAAUCAAAUCCCCAGCUCGUGUAUGUAAUCAAGGAUGGGUUGUGUGUAAAUGACUGACAUAUAGAUGUAUACCUUGUUUUUUUUAUGUAAGUUUUCUAUUUUUUUAAAUAAACAUUUUAAAACUGCA